AUGGAAGGCGAACUCCCUUGGCCACAAGUCCCUAUCGGGAAUAAGAACCAUGCCAAUGCGGCCGUCGUGAUCAUCGGCGGCGGUCUCUCGGGCAUGUGUGUCGCGAUUGAUCUGCUGAAGCGCAACAACUGUCGCAACUUCAUCAUCGUCGAGAAGAGCGCGGGGCUGGGUGGAACGUGGAACGCAAAUGUCUACCCCGGCUGUUGCUGCGACGUCUGGUCGAUGCUCUACAGCUACAGCUUCGCCCAGAACCCAGACUGGACACGCGAAUACCCGGGACAGGAAGAAAUCUUAUCGUACUUGCUUCGAGUCGCGCAAGACUACAAGCUCCUUCAACACUUUCGCUUCGGAACUGAAGUGAGAGAUGCCCGAUGGGACGGUGCCGAGAAGAAGUGGCGAAUCCAUGUCAAGACCAACAGUGGAAGUAAAGAGGCAGAAUACAAUCCAGAAUAUGAAAUCAAGGCAGAUUUCCUCGUCAGCGCUGUCGGGCAACUCAAUGUGCCAAGAUGGCCGGAGAUCCAGGGGAUUGAGAACUUCGCGGGCAAGACGAUGCAUUCUGCGCGAUGGGAUUGGUCGUACGAUCUGAGCAACAAGAAGAUUGCCUUGCUUGGAAAUGGUAUGUCGUCGAAAAGGAGACGUGUGUGGGUUCGUCGUCACCAGAUCUGAUACGCUCUUCAGGUUGUUCCGCCGUCCAGAUCCUGCCGGAGAUCGCAAAGGUCGCCAAGCACGUCACAGUCUUCCAGAGAACACCGAAUUGGGUUGUGCCGCGUGAAGAUGCCCCGGUUUCGCCCUUGAUGCGUGGAGUGUACAAAUACGUCCCGGGCGUCAUGGCUCGCAAGCGCGCUGCGCUGAUGGAUUUCCGAGAGGACCAGCAUGAUUUCAUCAAGAAUAGCGAUGGCGAUCUUGCGAAGCUGUAUCGAGAUAUGUCUCUUCAGAUGAUGCAGACGCAGGUACGUCUCCCUCGAGCAUGCAGCUGAUACGGCAGCUGACAUUGCUCUAGCUUCCAAACAGGCCAGAAAUGUGGGAGAAGCUCACUCCCAAUUAUAACAUUGGCUGCAAACGCAUCAUCAUCAGCGACGACUAUUUCCCAGCUUUGGGCAGAGACAACGUGACCUUGGACACUCGAACCAUUCACAGCGUGGAAGGCAAUGCCGUGAAAGUGGUAGGCGAGAAUGGACAGCCUGUCGCAGCAGAAGACGACUUCGAUCUGCUCGUCUGUGCCACCGGCUUCCGCACCGUGGAGUUCAUGCAUCCGAUUCAGGUGUACGGUAAAAAUGGCCAGUAUAUCGGCGAUAUCUGGAAAGAUGGAGCCAAAGCCUUGUACGGCAUGUGCGUGGAAUCGAUGCCCAACUUCGGUAUGCUAUACGGCCCCAAUACCAAUCUUGGCCAUAACAGCAUCAUUCUCAUGAUCGAGAGCCAGAGCCGGUAUAUCAAUGGUUUGAUAAAGCCAGUUCUGGAAGCCAGGAAGGGUGGCAAAGCUCUGGCCCUUAUGCCUAAGAAAGAUGUGAUGGAAGAGUACAACAAGCAGAUCCAGUCGGAGUUGCGGGACAGUGCGUUUAAUGACCCGAAUUGCAACUCGUGGUACAAGAAUGAGGCCGGCAUCAUCACUAAUAAUUGGAGUCGCACUGUCGUUGAAUACCAGAAGAUGGUCGAGGUUGUUGAUUAUAGCGACUUCGAUACCGAGGGAAGCGGAGAGGAGGUGCUCAAGCGAGGCAAGAAGCUGCACGUCGGCCGCGUGAAGGAAGAAUCGACUGUUAGCGACCGGACGUUGAUGGUAAUGGGUGCUGUUAGUACAGCCGCAGUUGUCGGUGGAUGGUUGCUGAGAAACUCGAGAUAUCUAGAGAAGAUAAGAGUGAGGUGA